AUGGCGAGCAAUCUACAUGCGAGCGCCCUUUUCGAUGUUUCUGGUCGCUGGAUCGCCAUCACUGGCGCCGCCAGUGGAAUCGGUCAUAUGCUGGCACGAGGCUGCGCAGUCAACGGAGCACAUUUGAUCUUGAUAGACAUCAACGAAAGUUCUUUGUCCCAAGUCAAGAGUGAACUUCAAGAACUGUCUUCAGCAUCGAAUAUCAUUACGAUCCAGGGUGAUCUAUCCUCCGAAGAGGGUGUCCAGAAGGUUGCCAGUAUUAUCAAAGACCAACGGGAUUCGUUAGACACCCUCAUCCACUGUGCUGCCAUACGGUAUAUGAACGAAGUGACAUACCACCCUGGCGACGGCUUAAAGGCACUUGAAGCUGCGACCCUGUCGGCGCCUUACAAGGGCUGGGAACACACUUUUCGCCUGAACGUACUGGCUCCUUACUACCUGACUGCUCAUCUGAUCGGCCUUCUCGGUGCUGCUGCCGCCAAAGGCGAUGGCAGAGGCUGCGUGAUCUUGUUUAGCAGUCCAGCCAGCGUGCACAACCAUCAGUUCGUCCCUUGUUACCAGACCUCCAAGGCGGCGGUGGACCACCUCGUGAGGAUCAUGGCUGCAGAGUUUGCAGACUUUUAUAUCCGCGUCAAUGCCAUUUCUCCUGGCAUAGUGCCUUCUGGGAUGACUACGAAUGACGCAACUUCAAAUUUGCAUCUCGCGGGAGAGACUCCAGCAAAACGCCCUGGCAAUGAAGAAGAUAUGGUGGGCACUGCUCUUUGGUUGCUGAGCAAAGCCGGUGCUUUUAUGGACGGGAAAGUCAUUCGCGCCGAAGGUGGUCGGUUGUUGAUAUUAAAAGGGGUAACAUCAAAUUCGGACUGA